ACCAAAAUGGGUGACAUGGCCUUGAACAAAGCAAUCCUUUUUUCAACCCUUCUCUUCAUUCCUCUUGUUCUUUCAGAUGACACCGUACCUGCCCCCGCUGAUAAGGCUCAAUUGAAUAGCUGGUUUGAGCAAAAUGUGCAACCUUUGGCAUCCCGGAAAGACACUUUGGACCCGGCACUAGUCGCUGCAGAAGCCAAUCCCAGAAUCAUCAAGCUCAAGAGCGACGGAAGCGGUGAGUUCAAGACUAUAGCCGAUGCCAUCAAUAGCAUCCCAAAUGACAAUACCAACCGCGUCAUCAUUUCACUUGGCCCCGGAAACUAUACAGAGAAAAUCAAGAUUGAACGUAACAAGCCAUUCAUCACAAUAAUUGGAGAUCCAAACCAUAUGCCUACUCUAGUGUUUGGUGGUACAGCGGCCAAGUAUGGAACCGUGGAAAGUGCCACCUUGAUUGUUGAAUCUGAUUACUUCAACGCCGCUAACCUCAUUCUUGCGAACUCAGCACCAAGGCCAAACGGCGACGUGAAGGGAGCCCAGGCGUUGGCUGUGAGAAUUGGAGGGGAUAAGGCUUCCUUUUACAACUGCAAAUUCCUUGGUUUUCAAGACACCCUUUGCGACGACAAAGGAAAGCACUUGUUCAAGGAUUGCUACAUCGAAGGCACCGUAGAUUUCAUUUUUGGCAACGGAAAAUCCAUCUACUUGAAUGUUGAGUUGCAUGUUAUCCCGGGCGACCGACAGGCAUGGAUCACCGCACAGGCGAGGCACACCGAUGCUGAAGACACAGGAUACUCAUUUGUCCACUGCAAAGUCACUGGCACAGGUCGCACUGCUUACUUGGGCAGAACUUGGAUGCCUUAUGGCAAGGUCGUGUUUGCCUACACCGAUAUGAGCGACGCGGUAAUCCCCGCAGGCUGGUCUAAUAACUUCCAUCCGGAGACUGAGAAGACGGUAUUGUUCGGAGAAUUCAGUUCCACCGGACCAGGUUCAGACACAAGCAGUAGCCGGGCUGCAUUCACCAAGAAGCUUACUGAAGCAGAAGUUAAACCCUUUCUGACUCUUGGAUUCAUCGAGGCUUCUAAGUGGCUGCUUCCUCCCACCCAAGUUCCAGCUUAAGGCUUCUUAGCUCUGGAAAACAAAUGGCUUAUUCUUUUUGCCAUUUUCUUCAUGCAACUUGUUCAUCCGUAUUCCCGAAAUAAAUAUUUGGAGCGCACCAUAAAUUUUACAUUUAGAAAUGCUUACGAAAACUAUAAAGUUAGAGGCGUUGUAAACUAUAAAGUUAAACCAGAGAGGAUUUUAAGUCCUUCCUUGGGUUGUAUGUGAAGGUUCCAAUCCUCGGGAGUUAUGCCAAAACGCUCUCUUGAUUUAGUAAGGUCUGUGUGUCUGCUAGCCCCAAACACAGCCUCUUUAGGCUCUCCGUCCCUGUAGUUUAGAAUAGAUAGGUUAUACAAUAGUUGUCGUCUUAAAAAAAAAAAAAAUUACUUGGUCAUUCUCUUUCUUUGUUCUUGAAUUUUAGGUAUACUCAUCCCUCCCUAGG